CGAAACAACCGUUCAUUAAGGACGUCGACCACAUUGAGGUGAUUCCCCUCAACAAAGUGUCUAAAGACUUAUUUUUUAAAUUGUUAUUUAUAAUUAUUUUAUUUUAUGUUUACAUCGAUACAUAAAUUUUAUUAUUUUUUUAUACUUUAUUUAAAUAAUUUAAUGUACAGAAGAUAUUUUCAAUUAUUUAUUUUUUUAUAUUUAUUCAAUUUAUGUGACACAUUAAAUGGGGGGUUGUGAUGAACGCGAAGAGUGAGAAGUAAAACAAAAUAGAUGUUUAUAUAAAUAUAUUUUUUUUAAAUGUAACUUUUGGUGGAAGUGCUUUGUAUAAAUAUACUUGUUGUUACUCAAAGAGAAGACGACAAAACUCUUACGGAUAAGACUUUGUGUUGAUGAUUUAAAAAAUUUAUUUUUUGGAUUAAACGACAAAAACAAUAUACUUUUGCACCUUCUUGAAGAUUUUAAUGGGAAAAUAGACAUGACAAUUGGCUUAAAGUUUUUUUAAAACACACAUCAAUCAUUUUCACGUGAGAUUAAGUGAACAAUGGAGGCUAGCGAGUGGGAUCACGCGACCCUUAGGGAGGAGGAGUUUGAACUACACGCGGUUUACUUGGUACCGGAUGUCUCGACGUCGGCGAACGAGUCAAAUCGGGCGGAGGCAUCAUUACCGAGAAAUCUUGUUCUAAAGCAAUCUCAAGCACUUAAUGAUGUUUUGGGUGUUUGGAGUACGAGUUAUAUCCCCAAGGGAACUCGAUUUGGACCCUUAGUUGGUCAGCAAUAUACUAAAGAUUCUGUACCAGUCGACGCCAAUCGAAAGUACUUUUGGAGGGUUUAUAAAAACAAUGAAUUGUUUUACUACAUCGACGGAUACGAUAUCCAAAAAUCCAAUUGGAUGAGAUAUGUAAAUCCCGCGUACUCAUCUGAAUCACAAAAUUUGAUAGCUUGUCAAUACAAAAUGAACAUUUAUUUUUACACAAUAAAACCAAUUUUACCGAACCAAGAAUUAUUAGUAUGGUACUGUCGAGAAUUUGCGGAAAGAUUAAAUUAUCCAUUUACGGGAGAGCUUAUGCUUCAGCGAAUACGCCAGCAAGUUCAACAAUCGACAUUACCAUCAAAUGAAAUACCAACAUCAUCAGAUGUGUCAAUUUCAUUAAGCGAAAGGAUAACCUUGAAAGACUCAGUAGUAUACGAGCGACGGUGUCAAAUGACACCAACGGAAGGAUCAGUAAGAUCCGACGAGGGUUAUCAUUCAAAUGGUUAUCACGAUGAGAUUCUCACGCCACCUCAUGAAGAGAGCAGUGAAUCAGACUCUGAGAACAACUAUGUUCUUGACUUUAGUAAGAACACAAGAACAACAUCGUCCUCGUCGUCACCACCAUCACCACCACCACCACCGUCAUCAAACGGCAAUAAUGUCAUCAAACAAGAUACCGUAGUGCUAAAAAAUGAAUACAGAAAAGUUAAGAUAAAGAUAAGCAAGACUUACAAUAACUUUCAGUCAAGCAAAAGUCAAGAUAUUAAAGACAAAGAAGAUAUAAUUCGUGCAGUAACACCAGAAAUACCACAAAAAUCAGUAUCCCCGAUAAUCCAAAAAGCAACAAUUAUUUCUACAUCAACAGACGAUGAUAUUGAAAAAAAAUCUAAAGCUUUUUAUGAGUUGGAAGUAAAAGGUAAUUCUCCUCCAAUGUCUACAACAGGUCGAACAUCAUGUAUGACAAGUCCAAGUAGUUCGAUUUUAGAAAAUAUUCUUUUAAGAAAUAAUACUGAUAAUAAUAAUAACACAAAUAUACAUCAAGUUCAUAGUAAUCAUCAUCAAGCUCAAAAUCACAAUCAAAUUCAUAUAGAUUCUGUAACUCCACCACCUUCAAGCCCAACAGAAAUGGCAUAUUCGUAUAAAAAGUCACACAGAUACGGUAAUAUUUUGCCUUGUAGUCCAGAUUCAAGUUCAAAUUUACCUGUACAGACAGAGUGUACCAGUUCAUCGGUUAAUUCAACUUGCAAUGGACCUAUGCUUCAAAGUUCAGUUAAUCCGCACUCAAGUACGGGAAAUCUUCUUCAUCCUUGUAACUCCAGCAACAUUCACUCAGUCAGUGGCAAUAUUCAUUCCAGUACGGUUUUAACAUCAACGACAAGUGUCCUUCAACCUGCAACAAACAGCACUAGCGGUUGUCAAAAUAAAUCACGAAAAAGAAAAAGAAGUCCAUCACCUACUACGACAACUGCAUCAACGACACCAUCACCGUCAUCUCUAGGACCAUCAACGAUAAUGUAUUCAAGCUCAAGUGCUCCUCAUAUUGAGUCAAAUUAUUCAACGCCAAUAAAUAAUCCAAGUGUAUCACCAUUAUCACCAAUACAAUCACCAUCAUAUCCCUACGGAUUGUAUCAUCAAAAUAGUACAGCACAUCAGCAUAUUGCCCCACUGUCAAUAAAUUGUUCAGCUUAUUCACCAACACCUUCAAGUAAUAUUAUUUAUGAAAGAAAUGAUAGUAGAAGACAUGAACCAAAUGGUCAUCAGCUGCCUACUUCGUCUACGAUGCAAAUCGAUAACCAAGCAAAUUUAUUUGCUGGCACGCACAACCUCCAUUUGGGCCAUCAUCCUGGUCUAACGAUCCAUACAAAUUCUUCUUCGCUCAAUAGAUACUCACCGGCGAGUUCUCUGUCUCCGGAUGAUCACGCUUGCUCACAGAGCGGUUCGCUCAGUCCUAAUUCUCAAGGCUCUAGGGGAUAUCGGUCUCUGCCUUAUCCGCUUAAAAAAAAAGACGGCAAAAUGCAUUACGAGUGCAAUGUUUGCUGUAAAACUUUCGGACAACUAUCAAAUCUUAAAGUUCAUUUACGAACACACUCAGGAGAAAGACCAUUUAAAUGUAAUGUUUGUACCAAAAGCUUUACUCAGCUCGCACAUUUACAAAAGCAUCAUUUGGUGCACACAGGUGAAAAACCUCAUCAAUGUGAAAUAUGUCAGAAGAGGUUUAGCUCAACUUCAAAUCUCAAGACCCACCUAAGACUGCACUCUGGCCAGAAGCCGUACGCUUGUGACCUUUGUCCAGCAAAAUUCACCCAGUUUGUUCAUCUUAAGUUGCACAAACGACUGCAUACCAAUGAAAGACCUUAUACAUGUCAGGGUUGCGAUAAAAAAUAUAUAAGUGCUAGUGGUCUCAGGACCCAUUGGAAAACCACCAGCUGCAGACCAAAUAAUAUUGAAGAUGAACUUGCUCUAGCUGCUGCUGUUGGUUCUCCUACUUAUUAUGAAUAUGGACCUGAUGUUAAUGUUGGCAAUAUGCAAAAAGACUGUGAGUUAGAGCACAUAGAAAAUUAUGAAAGGCGUAAUAGUGCACAUUCAACGUCGUUGCACAAUCUGGAUAAUUCAGUGGGUCGACCGAGUGUUAUAGAAAGCUCUCAACCACAUAUUAUUGAAUGUACUUAAAAGAUAAAUUUAUCUAAAAGCUCCAAAUAGUCCAAUAUGAUAAUUGGACAAAACCUUGGGACCCUAUGGCUUCGGAUCUGCACAAUCGGUGAUAAUUACUUCGAGUCUUAUGCGCUAACGCAAGAAAAAUUAUCGAAUUUAUGGAUAUUAAAACAUUUAUAUAUAUAUAAUAUAUAUAUAAUUAAUUUCAAUAAAUGAAAAAACACCAAUGCUUCCUUCAUUAUAUAUUUUUUAAAGUUGCAAAAUAAUUUUUUUACUAUAAUAAUUAUUUUAAAUUCAAUAUUUAUAUGUAUAUCCACAUAAUUCGGUAAAAUAUAUUUCUUGUGUUAUUUAUAAUAUAAAUUUUGUACAUUAGAGUACUUAAUUAUCUCCAAUUGGCGGAUUUUGUCGGCACCCGCCAAUAUUUAUAAAUUAUUAAAUUUAAAAAAAAAAAGAUAUGAAUUUGAAAAAACAAAAAGAUAAGAAGUAAAUAAUUAAAAGUUUUUAAAAUACUUGAAUUAAAAAUAUAAGAAAGGGUGAUGAGAUGGGAAAAAUGAAAAAAAACCAGUGACGACACGACUGCAACUAUACGAGACCUGUACCUGUAUAUAUUAACAUAAGGUAUAAUUAUAAUCAGUGAUUAGGUAAAUAAUAUAAUUUAAAAAAAAAACAAUAUAUAUAUAUAUAUAUAUAUAUAUAAAUAUAGAUAUCAAUAAAUAUAUAUAUAUAAAUAUUAUUAUUUGUAUUGUCGGUUGGCCAAACGGUAGACUGUAUA